UCAGUAUAUAAACUGGAGACGGGCAGUGCAAGCAUAGCCACUGCUGGUGUAGAAGCUGGUUUACUCCUAACUGUGGGACACACAACCAAGAGAGCCAACUUUCACUCCUGGUUCAAAUCACACCUCACCACAGGUUCGCUGUCACAAUGGAUGCCAUUGCUUUCUUCCAGAUAGCCUUUCAUCUUGUUUGGACUCCUGUAGACAAGCCAUACAUACGUAUAUCGUAGUACAUGAUUACUUCACCUUAAUAUUUUUACACCAGCCAUAGCACACCACUCCAUUCAAUUGACUCAUGAUUUAAACAUUCUUUGCAAGGCAAUUAUGGAUUCAACCACACUGGUGGCUGUCACUGUUCCCACAACCACGGUGGCUCUGGCCUCCCAGUCGGACAUGUCCGGUUACUUGUGGCUCUUGAUAUUUGGCUUUGUGAUUGCCUUUGUCCUGGCUUUUUCCGUUGGGGCCAAUGAUGUGGCCAACUCCUUCGGUACGGCUGUCGGCUCCGGGGUGGUGACAUUGCGACAGGCCUGUGUCCUGGCCACCAUCUUUGAGACAGUGGGUUCAGUCCUGCUGGGGGCCAAAGUCAGUGAGACCAUCCGAAAAGGCAUCAUUGACGUCGAGAUGUACAACGGCUCUGAACACGUCCUCAUGGUGGGAUCAAUAAGUGCAAUGUGUGGCUCUGCUGUGUGGCAAUUGGCUGCAUCAUUCCUCAGGCUCCCCAUUUCUGGAACUCACUGCAUUGUUGGAGCCACGAUAGGUUUUUCUAUGGUCGCUAGAGGUCAGCAUGGGGUCAAAUGGGUUCAGCUUCUCCGUAUAGGUGAUUAUAUAUACAGUAUAUAUUUUUUCUACCCAUAUGCAAUGUGUGAAUUGGACAUGUUAUUAAAAUCUCAGGAAUAUGUUGUUUUUGCUGUUCAUUUUUGUUUUGUUUUUUUGCGGGGGGCAGUGGCCUCCUGGUUCCUGUCACCAGUGCUGUCUGGCAUCUUGUCAGGGGUUCUUUUUUACUUUGUUCGCAAAUUCAUUCUUAAUAAGGCUGACCCGCUCCCCAAUGGCCUCCGAGCUCUUCCACUGUUCUACGCAUUUACUGUGGCAAUCAACCUCUUCUCUAUCAUGUUCACAGGAGCACCAAUGCUGCGAUUUGACAGGGUGCCAUGGUGGGGUACACUGUGCAUCUCGAUAGGAUGCGGUGUCAUCACAGCAUUGGUCGUUUGGUUUAAUGUCUGCCCGCGCCUUAAGAGGAAAAUACAACAAAAAUUAGGUGCUGCUCCCUGUGAGACUCCUCUGAUGGAGAACAACACUAAUGAACAUGCUCAAGUGGUGGACAUAUCAAUACCGCAGCACCCUCCACCUCAGAGCCCUCCUAAAGACAGUCACAAUGUUGCUUUUAAACUUGGAGGUUCCGAAGAGGCUGAUCUAGAUAUGGAGAUCAAAGACAUGGAUGCUAGUAAUGACAGUAAUGUUGGUCCCAUGAUGGUCACAGACCCUCACAGUGGACGAUUGCAGGCGAUCCAGAAAGACUCGGGUCUCUACAAAGACCUGCUGCACAAGCUCCACUUGGCUAAGGUCGGUGACUGCCUUGGUGACAGUGACACAGAAGAGCAGCCCAUUCGGAGAACCAACAGCUACACCUCCUACACCAUGGCCAUUUACGGCAUUCAGGGAGACCCUAAAAAAAAGGACAAUGAUGACGGGAGGAGGUGGUCCAGAGUGGACAGCUACAGCAGUGACAGUUCAGCAUUGGCCAGAGGAGAUUCAGUGGAGGUUGCCAGUGUGACACAGGAGUCCACUUGGGAGCAACCUCCCGAGGAAGAUAAGCUGGAGAUCGACCAAGCAGCUGUUUCCUCCCUUUUUCAGUUCCUUCAGAUACUAACGGCUUGCUUUGGCUCUUUUGCACAUGGUGGGAAUGAUGUCAGCAAUGCUAUUGGUCCACUUGUGUCGCUCUGGCUUUUGUAUGAGAGUGGCUCGGUUGCACCCAAUGAACCGACUCCUAUCUGGCUAGUUCUAUAUGGCGGAAUAGGCAUCUCUAUGGGACUGUGGAUAUUGGGCCGCAGGGUGAUUCAGACCAUGGGCAAAGAUCUUACCCCCAUAACACCGUCUAGUGGCUUCAGCAUUGAGCUGGCUUCCGCCCUAACAGUUGUUGUGGCAUCCAAUGUUGGACUUCCUGUCAGCACAACACACUGCAAGGUGGGAUCCGUGGUUGCCGUGGGAUGGCUGCGCUCAAGAAAAUCAGUGGACUGGCAUUUGUUCGGGAACAUAUUUAUUGCCUGGUUUGUCACUGUUCCUAUCUCAGGUCUCAUUAGUGCUGCCAUCAUGGCUCUCUUCAUUCACAUCAUUCUGUGAUAAGAAUCUUCACUCCAUGCAUUAUAAAUGCCAUCGAUAGCCAGCAAUUGUUCUUGAUGAAAAAAAAUUUACAUUUUACUUUAUGUAAUAAAAUUUGUUAUUAUUGUCAUGAACUGUAAUUCUGAAGUUAAAAAAUGUUAUGCUGCAUCUGUCUCCGCGACGCAUGAAAUUUUAAAAAAUUAAAUAAACACAUUUACAAUGAUUAAGACAAAACAUUGCAAGAUGUACAUACUGUACACACCCUUUAUGGGAUACUCGUGUACAUAUCGAGAUCAAAUUGAGCUGAAGUUUUAAUGUCACACAGAUAUUCAGCUAAUUAUCUUUGUUUUAUGCUGACGGUAGAUUGCAGUGGUGUAGAACUGUAUGACAACCAACGUAUAUGUGUAAUAUUAUGUUACAAUGUAAUUGUCAUUAUUGUGUAUUUGUCCUCCCAUACACUUUACAACGGAGAUUAAAAAGACUGAGCACGUGAUUGAGUACAUUCUGAA